ACGUCUAGUUGUACGUACAUGCCGCAUACGAUCGUUUGGGUGGUUUUUCAUGACUAGUGUUUGAUAUAUUUCCGUUCGCGUCGGUUCGAGUAUCAACACAAUCAUUAGUGUUUCGAUUCAAAACAUAGAAAAGUAUUUCGUUAUUUGCUGACCACAGUUGAAAACGGAAUAAAAGGUAACGACAAACAACUUUAACUGCGACUAACAAUAAAAACUGAAAUUUCGAUAUAUAGAUAAAACAUUUUCUCCACCUUCGCCGCUCGCAGCGAUGGGAUCACCAGUGCCAGCAAGAACUAUUCCUCCACCUCCGCCACCAAAACCACACAAAUCACCCACUUUGAAUGGAGCUGGCAGUGGACAUAUAUAUCAAAACAACAAUGAUCCCAUCGGCAAUGGGGCUAAAAGCAUUUACACAGGACAUCUUACCAUCAGUAGUCCUUCGGUUCCGCCUGAGGACGAACAAGUCGUGAUGACACCUAGAGGAAAGACAGCAAACUCUACAGUGUUGCUUAUAGAGCGUAAGUUGGUUCAGCAAGUCGGAGAACGAACACACGUAGCUGGUGGUGACCAUCGGGGGAUCAUAAUCAACAAAGAUGCCACCACAGACCAAAAGAUGGAGCGAAGCCCACCACAACUCAGUCUUGAGUUCCGCGUUUUUCUAGUCAGCGCAAACACUGGUGAACAUUCACAAGAGUCAAGGAAAAUUCGGUUUUGGUUCCGUGAUUGGCUUCAAGAUGGUGAAAAACAGGCUCAUGUGGCACAAGAUUUUUUCCGUGAACUAGUUAGCCCGAAAGAGUUCCCACGAGAUUAUGUGGGGUUCAUAAAAAAAAUCAUGAAACUACUUCAAAAAGGAUACAACGAAAUACAGGCUGUUGAAGUGGAACUUCGAAUACUGGAGCAAACGUCCGCACCACCUUCUCGUCCACCUCGUCCCGGUCACGUAAUAUUUUGUUAUGGAAACUGUAACAAAAUGGGUCAUUCGAGUAACAGUAGUAGUAAGCAUGUUGCGUCUACUAGUGAUGUCGGAGGUGAUGGUAUUGGUGAGAUUGAUGCAAGAUACGCCUCCAGCAGUGUACACCCUUCCCCGAUCCAGCAACAUAACGUAGCAGAGCAUAAUUUCUCUAAUGUGUCUUUUGAAGAUUCUCAGUUUGAAGUAAUUCCUCUUACGCCGGAAAAAAUUUUGGAGCUGAUAGAGCAGGCUUAUCCAAAUCCUAUAACUCCAGAGGAUUUAGCUAAAGAUAAUGGCUGGGAUGAGGAAGAGGUUCUUCAAAUCAUGAUGCUGCUGAAAGAACGAGGCCUUAUAAAAUCAAUGGAGUUCAAUUCGUUCACCCGUAUUCAUCACGAUGACAAAGAGAUCAAGAUUGUUAAACAAAUGCCAACGAUUGCGUCCAACAAACAGCCAACUAUUGCUAUAAUAACGGCGCAAUAUUGCGAAAAAUUAGCAGUGGAUGCCAUGCUAGAAAACAAAGAAACAUUUGUUCGGUACACUACAGUUGGAACAUCUCCAGAAGCACCAAUUAAUGGGCUGCAAAGAAAUAGGAAAAGAAGAAAACGUUUUGGUGAAUCAAACGUUUAUACUCUGGGUAAUAUUGGAGCUCAUCGUAUCGUCAGCACUAAAUUACCCUCAAUAGGUAGUACACGCGAGGCUAUGACAGCGGCUGGUAAUACAACGACACGUUUGCUGGGAACGUUCCAGAAGGUAGACUAUGUAUUCAUCGUUGGGUUAGCGGGAGGCAUCCCUCAUUAUACUGAUUACAAGAAGCAUGUUCGGUUGGGAGAUGUUGUUAUUGCAUCGUUGUCCGAACAAAACAAGAGUUCGUUGGAUGCCAUCGAUUCCAAAUUUGUUCCAAAACCGUACUGCUAUGUUUACAGCAAUCAAGGAGAGGUUAAAACAUAUUACCCAUUGAAUGACUGUUUGCAGUUGAUCGGUAAAACACUUCAGAUUAAUGACGAUGAUAAGAAACCGUGGCAAGCUUACAUAAAAGAAGGUUUGAUCAAUCUUCAGAAUAAAAGUGACAAUGAUUUCAAUAGACCAGCCCCAAACACAGACAAACUGUAUAUGAACAUUGGAAACAAAGACGUGAUUGAAGUGGCUCAUCCAGUGUCGCAGGACGAUGUUGAUGGUGUUCCUCAAACUCGAUUACAUGUUGGACCGAUUGGUUCUGGAUAUGAUGUCGUUAAAUCUGAUAGUUUGAGGACUAUGUACUCUCAGGAGUAUGGCCUAGUGGCUACCGAUGUAGAAAUGAACUCUGUGCUUGAUAGCAUAGUUGGAAACUGUAGAGACAGUUUUAUUUUAAUUAAAGGCAUUUCUGAUUACAAAGACGGAACUACAUCCAAGAAAUGGCAAAACUAUGCAUCUCUAGCCGCUGCUGCCAUAAUGAAAACUAUUAUCUGUGCAAUGGAUGCACCAACUAAUGUUUAAACUGUUUUUCUCAUAAUAUACCUUGUAAUACAAAACAAAAUUGCAACCAAUCUAGUUUGUGACAAAAAGGUACCAAAUAACUAUUUUAUGUUUAUAUUAUAAGUGUUUUGUAACUUUUUAUUUUAAAUUAUUGUCCUCAGCCGACGUUAUAGUGAUUUUCCGAAGAAGACUAAAUUAAGAAUAUAUUUGAUAUGAAUUACAAUUAUUUAUUCAAAUAAUUAAAAUUGAACCAA